CACUCCUACCUAUCCGUCGCCCCUGCCUGGCGCAUCUAUCUCUCAAUCCUGACAGCUAAUGGUCGCCCAUAUUGAGACAGCCUGUCUAAACGCUCCGCGGGGGUGCCAGUACCUCAAUUGAGGAGUCUUUCCAGUUCAACCAGUUCAACCAAGCGCCACCGUCCGAAGGAAACGCCCCGCCCGAGUCUCGAUAUCUUGCCUCGGCUCUGCGCGGUCAACAUCGAACACCGCGUCUGCGUGUCCGGUCACGUCACCAUGCAGGCUGAUGCCGAUUCGGGCAGCUUGCCCAGGACCUACUUGGAUGUUGUCCGCAUCCUUCGCGAGGAAGAAGAACACGAGCUCGAGGAAGCCCUCAGAGCUCAGACGGAGUCCAUACGACUCUCGCUACGAGCGCUGGUCGAAAGACGAAUCGAGGCAGAGGCCGCCCUCAACCGUGUCCACGUCGCCAUCGCCACUCGUGAGGCCCAACUGGAAAAAGCGGCCAAGGACUACUACCAGCGGAAGCAGGAGAUCUCCUCGGGCAGCCUCUUCGCUGCUGCCAAUACCGAUUCCGACAUGCAUACCGGCGUCCAGGUCUAUAGCACCACCGGAGUUUUCAUGGGCGAUGUCAUGCCCAUUGAAACCGAGAAUCCCGUUGUGGAGAUCCUGCUCGACCUACCGGUCCUACGUAGCGUGACGGUGCGCCGCGACUGGAACCACGACCCGGGCCGACUCAACAGCAUUUACCAGGAGCGCAACAUCACCGGCUCCGGUAAGCCGUUCCGCUGGGUGGCGGUCAUGAUCCAGGCCACGGGGGAGGUCCUCAACGGCGGCGACUGCUGCGGCAACUGCGCCAGGGGCAUGGGACCCUUCGAGGAGUGCAUCAUGCUCCCGGGCGACCCGUUCCGCAAGUGCGGGAAUUGCGAGUGGUCGAAGCGGCCUUGCAGUCCCUCUUCCCACCAACCCCCUCCUUCUUCAUCUGCGAAAGCAGGCCUGGCCGUCGAACGCUUCCGAGGCCCGUCGGCAGACGACUCUGUCGCCGAGCACGAUUACAGCGGUGGCGACUUUUCCAUAGACGAUCGAGCCGAGGGUUCCCCCGUCGACCUAGAGCCCAUAGGGGCCGCGAAUCUGUCCCUUCGCCACAAUGGCAAGGUCUACACCCACCCCGCCUGCAUGGAGGGCGUCCCCGUCGAGAAGAUCGGCCCGGGCCACCCGUACUGGGAUCCCGAGUGGGAUCCGGACCUGAUGUCGACCAUCCGGGUCCAGACGCUCGAGUGGAAGGCGAAACUCGAAGCGUCCCUCCACAACACCUCCAGCGUCCGGUUCGCCAAGCAACGGCAAGUCAACCGCGGCGAGGCCAUGCUCGAGUUCCUGAACAAGGGGCCCAUCCACCCGUUCCAGCUGGUGGCCAAGAAGUACAUGGACGCGAGGCGCCUCGCCAGCUUCGACACGCUCUUCCGCCUCGCCGAAACCCUCCGCACCCUAUCCAACAACGGCCUGGACAUCACGCCCGAGGAGUGGGUCCGCCACAGGCUCCACGAGAUCAUCACCGAGACCCAGCGCGACGGCCAGACGUUCGACCUCGCGAAGGCCAUCGCCAACUUUUACCACGACCCGAAGGUGGUCGCGUUCCGGGACGCAAAGGGGAUCAAGACCAUCGGCCGUCCCGCCGGUUACAAGAUGGCGGUGCCGCCCCGGCGGAAAAAGCAAAAGACGGACUUUGACACGUCGGCGACGGGGUCGCCGGCGCCGGGCGCAUACAACAACAACAACAACAACGCCGGCGGCGGUGGUGGUUACCAUACGGCCAGCUUCGUCCGGGCGGACGACGGGUCACCAGACGCGUGGGCGCAAGGGAGCCAAGCCAUACUACCAGCAGCAGCAGCAGCAACAGCAGCAGCAGGCGGCGAGCUGGUACGCAGGCGCAAGAGGCAGACAGACGCGGAGCUGGGCUACGAAGGGUUCACCGACACGGACGAGAAAAUGGGCGACCGGAUGACGAAGCACGACUUUGCGCUGCGCUCGGUCAAGUCGCGGGCCUACGCCACCAACAGCACCGUCACCCAGUACUGGCACUGGGUCGAGCAGGGCGAGGAGGCGGGGUCGUCGUCGGACCGCCUGUUCCAGCACCAGGUGUUCCUGCCCUGCGAGCCGCCGCAGUGGGGUCUGUAUUCGGCGCCGGUCGACUUCCACUUUGGCCUGCAGGACGUGAAGGAGAUUGUGUGGGCGUCGGAUACCCUGAAGGCGGUGGUCCGUUGUGGCGGGGCGGCUGCUGAGCUUCAUGGCGAUAUGAUUGGGGAUUUUGCGAGGGAGAGGACGAAGAGACGGUUUUUGGUGUUUUGUAUGAAGAAGGGGCUUCGGGUGGUGAAGUCGACUGCGUUUGAAAUCGAGAUGGCCUGGGAGAUGAUGAAUUCGCAGGUUCUGGGACCGUUAGGCCAGGUAGAGGCUUGAGGAGUAGGUUCAUGACUGCAUCUUGGGGAGCCUGCUUAAAAGGGCCAUUUUUAUUUAUUUAUUUGCCUCUUUAUUGCACCUUUCGGCGUCUUUCUGGGAGCCAGCCUCGCCUGGGCCUAGAUAUGUCGAGCCGAGUCCCCUCUUCGGCGCGAUCUUAUACAUUAGAGAUACCCCGUUUCCUGGCGUCAUGUAUUCCCGGACAAAGGAAAGGAUGGUGGCUGGGUCUGUACUUAGAGCUAUGGGGCAUGAUAAUAAACCACAGCGAGUUGGGCCUCUUCACUCGGCUAGAUAGUUGGACGGAGGCCAUGAAAGGAGGCGACCCUCGUCCCGAUGCCAGAGAACGAUGUUCAAUAACAAAACAUAAGUACGGUGCGAUGGUU